AUGCAUAGAAAAUUAAAUACUAUUCCUCAUCUGAACUUCAUUCCUCAUUAAUCUGAUAAUUCUAGUCUAUAAGCAAGUGGUAUUUAAAGUGAAAUAACGUCUCCAAACUAUUUAUUAGAAACUCCAAUUUUAACUAAUAAGCAAAAAUUAAGAAAAAGCUCACAUAAUCUUCCAAUUGUGUAACAAUCCUCUCCAUAUAUUAAACUUCCCAUGAUUGAAGAGAAGUUUCUUACGCCAAGAUAACAGUAAAUUAAUUUAAUGCCUGAUCUAACAUUCAAAGAUUUAUUCAAGAAUCCAAUUUAUUAUGAAAAAAAUGGUUUAAGUCCUAAAGGGAGUGAAGAAAUACUUAAAAAAAUGAAAAUGAAACAUAGAAGAGUUGAUUUCUCAAAGAUGGUUGACAUUGUAGAUGAAACAACCAAUUCUAUAAGAAAAGAAUCAUUGAAUGAUCACAUUCAACAUCAUAGAGUUAGUAGAAAAAAUACACGGAGAUUUCAUUAAAGUAUUCCUACAUAACUUACAGAAUUUGAAUGA